AAACUUUUUUUUUGGAGAGAACGUCUAGUUGUAGGAACUGACCCCAGAACAUCUUCUCAUGGUGCUCUGCUGUGGAGCUCCAUGAUGAACUUCUGCAUCCCAGACAUGUAUGACAUGCCUCACUCUGGGCUGGGAGGCUACUCGGCGCAGGGCGGCGGGGAACACUGCAUGUACGCGGCGGGCGAGGGACUAACCGGGUACGGACCCGGGUACAGACCCGGGUACGGAUACAGUGAACCCCAGCCUCCGCCCUGCACGGAGCAGGCUUGGCCGCCCGGCCAGCAUUACUCCUGCUCGUACGCCGGGGGCCCGCCUGUUUUUAAGAGCGAGUUUCGCAGCAUGGAGAUCUCUCUCAGCCAUUACCACCACCAGCCUGAAUAUUUCCCUGAGAUCAAACCUGACAUGUCACACCUGCAGUGGGUGCAGGAGGCGCACCGCAAAGGGUACAUUCCAAGUUACCUGGACAAGGAUGAGCUCUGUGUAGUGUGCGGGGACAAAGCCACCGGCUAUCACUAUCGCUGCAUCACCUGCGAAGGUUGCAAGGGUUUCUUCAGGCGGACGAUUCAGAAGAACCUCAACCCGACCUACGCCUGUAAGUACGAGGGGAAAUGUGUCAUCGACAAAGUGACCAGGAACCAGUGCCAGGAAUGCCGCUUCAAGAAGUGCAUCGCGGUGGGCAUGGCGACCGACUUGGUGCUGGAUGACAGCAAGAGGCUGGCCAAGCGGAAGCUGAUCGAGGAGAACCGGGAGCGCCGUCGGAAGGAGGAGCUGCAGAAGACGGUGUGGGACCGACAGGAGCCCACCCAGGAGGAGUGGGACCUGAUCCGCAUGGUGACGGAGGCCCACAUGGCCACCAACGCGCAGGGCAACCACUGGAAGCAGAAGCGGAAAUUCCUGGUCGAGGAAGCUAUGCUUCUAAAUGAAAUAACAUGUAAUUUAUUCUAUACUUCUGACCAGAGUGCAGCGGGGGUGAAGGAAACUAAGCCCGAGGAGAAUUGUCAAGCGUCCAUGGUCAAUACACCCGAAGGCAACAAAGUGGAUAUAGAAGCCUUCACUCAGUUUACAAAAAUUAUCACCCCUGCCAUAACCCGAGUGGUGGACUUUGCCAAAAAACUGCCUAUGUUUUGUGAGCUGCCUUGUGAGGACCAGAUCAUCCUGUUGAAAGGCUGCUGCAUGGAGAUCAUGUCGCUGCGAGCCGCCGUCCGCUACGACCCGGAGAGCGAGACGCUCACGCUCAACGGCGAGAUGGCGGUCACGCGGGAGCAGCUGAAGAACGGAGGCCUGGGCGUGGUCUCGGACGCCAUCUUCGACCUGGGCGUGUCGCUGUCCUCCUUUAACCUGGAUGACUCGGAGGUGGCUCUCCUACAGGCCGUCAUCCUGCUUUCAUCUGAUCGGCCGGGCCUGAGCAGCGUGGAGCGAAUUGAGCGCUGCCAGGAGGAGUUCCUGCUGGCCUUUGAACAUUACAUCAACUACCGCAAACACAAAGUGACGCAUUUCUGGCCCAAGCUGCUAAUGAAGGUGACGGACCUGCGGAUGAUCGGCGCCUGCCACGCCAGCCGAUUCCUUCACAUGAAAGUGGAGUGUCCCACCGAGCUAUUCCCUCCUCUCUUCCUGGAGGUCUUUGAGGACUGACCAAUGGAUUUUUGUGUAUGUAUGUAUGUGUGUGUGUAUGUGUGUGUGUGUGUGUGUGUGUGCGUGUGCCUGUGCGUGUGUGUGUGUGCAUACGUCAGCGCCUGGGCACCCUGGUGGUCUCAGGGGGUGGAACCAGCAGAAGGCCCGUCACAAAGAACUUUCUAUUAGCACUACUGAGUAUCACUUCAUUCCAUAGUUUAGGAGUAGCUCUCGGGUCUCAUUUUUUUUACGCAAGAUGAUUUGGGCCACGUGAAAAAUUUGAGUUUAAAGUCAGAAUUCUGAGAAAAAAGUCAGUUUUUGCUCCUUAUUUCUUCCUCAGAAUUCUGACUUUAAACUCUGAACUCAAAUACAUUUUUCCCAUGUGGCCCUAAUCCUCUUCCGUAACUGUUGGAUGGAACCAUCCCUUAACAGUGCGGGUACAUGUGAAUAGCAUUUUGUUCUUUUCUGGGUUUGUUUUGUUGUUGUUUACUGUCGUGGAUAUAACCUCUCACCUCGGAUUUUACUAUAGGUUUUUUUUCUCUGUUUUUAAUGAUUGUACAGUUGGCAUAAUGGUGAUUUUAUCAACACUUGUUCAAAGAUUGGAAACCAUGCAAAUGUUGUAUUUUCUUCCUUCUACGUUGGAAAACUCCAAACGGGUGGCUGCUGUUCUGAUACACACAAUAAGACAUUGUUAGCGAUGCUUUAGCCUCUCUCCCAACCGCGCAACUUUGCCACAGCCAUUUGUUGGCAUAGUCCGUAAUCCCUCCAGGCCUUUGGAAGUCUCUGGGUAGCCACACAUGACAGCGUUAAGUCGGAUAAUGCGGCGUUCCAGAGAUGUCGGAAAAAUCUGAAUUUGGCAACAGAACUGCAACUUCAGGCAGGACUCUUGAGCAAGAAACCUGGCCAAGACCGUGCAGCUGUUAACACUACCCAACAAUACUGGUUGUAAUCCUUGAAUUUUUCUUAGUAAAGUAUGAGCAUAAUGUUUGUGAAGUGCAAUAUGGUGAAGGCUAGCGACCAUUGCUAAAUAUCAUGAACACUUUAGCUUGUGCUCUACGGCAGCAUAUUAGGGCCAUUCCAAAAGAAAAAGAAAACCCAUUGUAUUCAUAAAAUCACAGGGCAUGAUAUUUUGAGGAAAAGUCCAAAAGCAUCUGCCAAAGGAAUGUAAAGAAUGUUCAUUUGUUUAUUUAAGUCAGGAAUAUGCAAGAAAGAAUGAUUGAAGUAAACCACAUGGCUUUCCUUUGACACUCUGUAUGUUCUCGUUUGUAGAAAAUGUCAAACCAAACUCCAUUUGAAAAUCUGGUCAUUUUAAUUGCAACUUAAUUUCCAUCGAAAAUCAAAAAGUAUGAUGCACAUACUGUGUCUGACAUGUAUUACUUAAUGAUUUAGGGCUUGUUAAAUAACAAAUGUAGAGAUGCAAUGAUAAGUCAAGUAAGCAAAAUAAUUUAAGCAGAAAUUCACAGCUGUAUUAGGACGUCCUAAUACUUCUCUGAUUUAUGUUAUAGUAAAUGGAAAAUAUUUGGACUGAGCAAUUAGAUGAUGUAAUUUCAACCCUUAGGAAAAUUGUACUUGGCACUUUUCCCUAUUUUCUGACAUUUUACAAAACAAAUGAUCAAACGGUCAUUGAAAAUGAGAAAAUAAUCAGUGGAUUAAUGGAUAAUAAAAAUAACAGUUGCAGUCCUUGACAGAUACAUUCAUCAUAGAAUGGCUGAAGUAUUGAUCCACGGCCCUAACUCUCUGUCGUAGUUGCAUAUAAAAAGAAAAAGAAAAACUAUUGUUAAAAAUAUUACAAAACUUUUCAGCUUUUAUUUGUUUUAAUUGUUUUUUACGAACGACCGUGGAAAACACAAAAGGAGCCGAGUCGAUUCAGACUUCCAACAUUGACAGGAACGCAGCAGUAGCAUUGGAAAUGAGCCGGUUUAUUAACUGGUCAGGACUAACUAAAGCACAUAAUGACACCGGUGUCAGGAAAAGACAAUCAUAUAGUACUCGUUUUUUGUGUAACGAUGCCACAUGCUGUGCCAAAAUCAAGCAAAGAUUCCCUCCUAAUGUAAUCCCUGCAGGGCUUGACUGGUCAUGCAUGCCACUCACACACACAGUCGUCCCUCCGACUACUCUUUUAGUCCACGUUAGCAGCUUCCACACAACCAGUAGGAGUUUUAACGAUCUUCAUCUCGGCCGUGUUGCCUCACUUAUCCCACAGGCUCAGUGAUAUUAAAUAUUGAAAACUCAUGUUCAAACAGUGACGUCAUGGUGCUACGGUGGGUUGGAGAAACGGCCGAUAGAACUGUGUUAUUGACACGCAGGGAUGAACACUGUCUGUAUAACAGCCCACCAACCUAUUAUGAUGGCAUGCAUUCACACCAACACACAAUCAUGUGCAGAUGCAGUAUACCUUGGACACAUACUGUACACGAGCACAUUAAUCAACGCAUUCUCAUGAACGGGUUCAUAUGAUAUCGCACGAAAAGUCAUGCACACCUAUUUCUUUGAAAUCCUAGGAAAUAAGCGACCGCCGACCGGUCACGUGACCGAUUUAACAGCUUUUACAGUUACAUUAGGCCAAGAGAAGGCGACUGUGAGCCGGGUGCAGAGCGCCGUGAUCUGACGAUGCCGAUGCAGUUGAGUGUGGCCGACAAAAAGCUACCGUCGUCCGACAACGACCGGUCACUUAGGCGCCGAUACGAUUAGUAAAAAGAUCGUAGGAUGUCCCGGUCGGAUCAUUCACGUCGGUAAAUUCUACACCAGUCGAAGUAGUUUUGGGAUGAGUUUUACUAAAAUGCUAGUUGCACUAAAUGAAAUGUGCAGCUCUAUUAUCUAGGCUAAUACAAGUAUCGGAUCAGGACCCCGUAUCGAAUAUUGAAUAUUAAAAAAAUAGUGGGCCAUAAAAGGCAGAUCGGGACAUCCCUGGGUGAUGGUACUCCAGGGACGUGAGCAUGCUUUAUUUGCGUGUAAGUGUCAUGUUUUCAGUCAUGUGUGGGGACACCAACUCUGCGUCGCUGCAUUUAAUAACCCAACCAUCCACAUCGACCUCUUCCUCACGCGGCUCUUCGCCCUCUUAAUACUUAAGCCCUCACUGUGGGGCAUACAGCAAUAAACACGUGAAAUAUAAAGGACUUACAGUACAUAACUUUCCGUAGCGAUAUGUACAAAUGGUUCAUGAGAACAGCGUGCAUCAAUGCAUGUGCAUCGAUAGCAUAUGGGUCCGACCCCACCACUGUGACCCAACAGUGGGAUUUGGAGGCCAAGUGAACAUUGGCCGGCCCAAAAA